AUGUGGAACGACAACGAGCGAUACGAGCGCAGGAGCAGUGGUGGUGGUGGUGGCGGCGGUGGAAUCAUCAGCCGCCUCUUCGGGUCGAAACGCAGGUCGCUCCCAGCCCUGGAGGAGCUGGACGAGAAGCAGCUCGCUGAGGAUCUGAGGCGGCAUGUGUGGGCGGUGGCCAUCGCGGGGAACGAGAAUCCCAUGCCGCGAUAUUCCGCUGAUCUUGGGUAUGUACCUGCCUGUUUUCCUUUGCUCAAUCUCCCCGCCCGAGUCCUGUAUUAUGUUAUCGAGGAAACCUGUUACACCGCAUGUGUGUCCCGGCCGGGCGUUCCUCCGGGAGUUGGCUGGUUGCACCUGCACUUUUGGCCCCCCAAACCUGGUGCCCACGGCUAUGGGAUCGGGGAAAGUGGCCCCUAA